AUGACCAUGGAAGAAGACUACGACACCCCGAUCACCAUCGUGGGCGCUGGCCCCGUAGGCAUGCUUCUGGCCUACCGCCUCAACCAAUUCAACAUCCCCUUCCUUAUCGCCGAUCAGAACACUCAGACCACCAAAUGGCCCAAGAUGGAUCUGACCAACUGUCGCUCCAUGGAGAUCCUGCGCGUUAUGGGUUUGGCCGACGACUACCGCGCCCAGGAAAACAGCGUGCCUGUCUCCACCGACUUCGACACGCAGUUCGUGACCCGGAUCAUCGGACCAGAGAGCAAGCUCCUAGGCACUUGGCCCGUCCCCUCCGUCACCACCCAGCGGGAGUUCAGCCGCCAGACCAACGACGGCACUCAACCCGCCGAACCGGGCCAGCGCUGCUCGCAAGUCAUCUUCGAGCCGUGGAUCCGGAAGCUCAUCCUCGCGCAAGCCGACACCGGCAACGCGGCGAUGCAGAUCCGUCUAGGAUGGAAGUACCUGCACCACGACGAAGACGCGACGACCGGGGUGGUGUGGACGACCUUCCUCGAUGUUGCGACAGGUGUCGAGCAUCGCGUGCGCAGUCGCUACCUUGUCGGCACGGAUGGAGGAGGCAGUCGCGUGCGUCACGCUGCGGGCAUCCGCAUGCUCGGAGGACCGAUGCCCAUGCGCUUCUACCUCGUGCACUUCCGCUCCCAGGAACUGGCGCGCUCGUUCCCCUUCGGCCGCUGUUGGCAUAUCUUCUCCACGAACGGGGGGUUCAUCCUCGACCAGGACGAUAAGGAUACCUUUACCGCGCAUUUCCCCGUCCACUUGCUCCCGGAGGGGGAGGAGAUCGACCCGAAGGAAGUGGUGUAUCGAACUCUCGGGGGCCCGCUUCCCAGUCAGAAGGCGGUGAUCCAGAUCGAUGAGAUCCUGGUGCACAGUGCCUGGACCCCGAAUUUCAGUAUCGCCGAGACGUAUCUUAGUGAGGGUGGGCGAGUCGUGCUUGCGGGUGAUGCGGCCCACCGCACCCCCCCGCACGGCGGAUACGGUCUCAACAGCGGCCUAGCCGACGCCUUCGACCUCGCCUGGCGCCUCGCCGCCCUCAUCCAAUCUCCAAGCUCCUACGGCGGGCCCUUGCUCCUGCAAUCGUACACCCUCGACCGACGUCCGGCCAUGAUCCGAGCCCUGGCGCGCUCGCACCGCCACCUCCUCGAACAUCUCAAGCUGGCCGCGAUGUUCCCGGACCCCGUUGGCAUUCUGGAGCGGGACGACGACGACGACCCGGAGGCCGCCGCGCUGAGGCAGAAGAUCCGCGCGUUUCUGGAGGGGUCUGGGCCUGAGACGCUGGAUCGCGGGGUGGAGUUGGAUUUGAGGUACGGGUCUUUUGGGGUUUGGGGGGAUGACGAUGAUGAUGUCGAGAAGGAGCGGGCCUGGGAGGCGGAGAGCUAUGUUCCUUCAACAAGGCCGGGGCGUAGGGUUCCUCAUGUUUUCUUGCGGGGCUUGGAGGGUGAAGAGCGGGAUGGGCUGCUGGGGAAGGAGAGGAGUAUCUAUGAUGAGUUUGGGCCGGCGUGGAGUCUGGUUCAUUUCGUGGAGGAGGAGGAUGAGGAGGGCGCGCAACGGCACGGCGGAGGUGAGGAUGGCUGUGCUGCUACGGCGGGAACGAUCGUCACCGUUGCGGCCGCACGGGGAAUACCGCUCAAGCUGGUCAGGCUGGUCAACGAGACCCAUGCGCACCGCGUCUGGGGGGCGAGUUUGGUCCUCGUGCGGCCGGAUACUCAUGCUGCGUGGCGUGGGCCGUGGAGGCUGGACACGGGGCCUGCAGUUGGCAAGGCGUUGGAGACAGAGCAGGUGGAGGCAAUCUUGCGCGUUGUUACUGGACAUGAACGCUACAAGGGUUACCAACCGGAUCAGGCGCUGGCGAGCGAGGAGAAAAGCUUUCUAAAGCUGGUAGAGGUGUUCCAGCCCGAAGACCUGAGUGUGCAUUCGGCGGUGACUAUUGCCGAGGACAAGUAG